AAAGUUUUGGGUAUAACUGAAAGAUUCGGUCGAUUCAACGACGGAUGUAAAAUACUAAAAUUCAAGAACAGCGACGACUGCAGCCGUGCCGAGCACUCAUCUCUUCUUCUCCGUUGAGAUCCUCGGGGACAUGAGUAUGAGAUCGUAGGAGAUAAUUUUGAAGUAAAAGAAGACAAAUCGAAUACAAGAAUCGAAAGAGCGAGGAGAAAAAAAGGAGAAAUGUCGGGGAGACUAUGGUUCCGAGGUUUCUUCUCAUCACUCUCGUCCUUAUUAGCUUCCGAGUUAACUCUCAAUGUGAGUUCAAAUUCACUGGACGCAAAAAGGUCUUUAAUUUCAAUCUAGCUUCUUCGAUUCGAAAUUUUCCUCACGGUGUCCUCAGCGAAGAUGGGUUUUAUAAAGUGGAAGCGAACAGUACUGUGCUAUGGUUUCAGCUUUGUGACGUGUUGAUUUUCAAUCACGAUCCCCCUCGAUGCGUUGGUUGUGAGAAUUGCGGAGGUCCAACACACUGUGGAACAUCUUGUAGUGCACUUGUGUCAGAAAAUCUAAGAGGGUAUGAUGUAUGCAGUUCUCUAGGGCACGGCUCAAGCACCAAAUUUGAUAUUAUUGAUAAAGAGGAUCCUGGCAAAGGCGUCAUUGUUAAGAUGUCAAGUGGAAACAGGAACGAAAAUUGCUCGCUUUCAGUUUCUGUUAUUUGCCAGAAAAAUAAAGUUGAUGGACCACUCACUCUGGUGAAAUCUGGUACCUGCCACUAUGCAACUCAGCUGCGACAUCCCUCCGGUUGUGCAGCAGCUAUAUCCGGCCAUAGAAGUGGAUGGGGCUGGUCUAGUACCUUACUAAUCAUUAUCUUGUGCCUAUUGGGAGCUUAUCUGCUGGGUGGUUCAGCGUAUCGUUAUUUCUCCCUUGGAAUUCGUGGCACAGAUGUAAUCCCGAAUGUGGAUUUCUGGGCCACUAUACCUCACAGAACACAAGGCUGUUGUGGUUCAAUAUUUUCGAGAUUUGGGGGUUCUAGUCGUGGUCAACGAACCUCAUAUUCUCAGGUCAACUUCUGAGCCAGUCACAGCAUCCUCUCUGAUCCAUGGUCUGGAGACAAUUCACCAACCUUGCCUUGACUCGUUCAACCAAUUGCAAACGUCGCUAGAGUUUGAUACUCUUCUGGCCAUUAUAUGACUGCAAGUUAUAAGGUCCCUCUCCUUUUCAUCUUGUUAUGUCAUAUAUCCCUUUAGAAACAAAAGAAUCUUGUUUAUUGGAUAGAGAAAACAAUGUGACGCCAUUGCGAUCUAGGGCCUUUCCCAUUUCCAGUAUUUGCUCUUUAGAAAUUAUUGUCGUGGUUUCUUGACGCUGAUUUUGAAGUAAUGUUAACCGCUGUGUUGAUGUUUUAGACAAUUAUUCUUUCGAGAAAAUCCUUGCACUAUAUAGGGUUUCUGAUC